AUGGGGCUGUUACGACGUCGCCCUAAGGUCAAUCGAACCGAUUCGGCCUUUGAAGCCUUCUGUCGACUUUCUUUAGCCAAUGACAGUGAUCAGCUACUUGAGCGAUUGAUAUGUAUGCUCCCUCGAGCUACUAACCUGCCUUGGCAUGAGAUCGACGACUUUUGGGGCAGCCAACUCUGGGACAUUGAGCCGCUUUGUCAAGUUGUCGGUCUCGGAGGCGAGGAUACUGUUAUCCUAAGUGGGGCCUUUGGUGCACCUAUACGCUGGAAGUCAUUUAAGCCGGUCAACCUUUUGAUGCGCAAUACAGUGAAACGUGGAGUUGCCAAGGUUGUCCUUCGCAGCACUCCUCUUUGGUCCAUCACCGGCAUCGCUUUGCUAGUAAGUAGCAAGUCUAAAGGAGGAGAUUACAUCGUGGCCACAGUGAUUGGAUGGAUAAUUACGGGCUUCUAUCUCUUGGUUAUAUUGGCUUCCCCAUAUCUCAUCUAUACGCUUUAUGUUGGCAAAACAUGGGCCGCACAGCCAUGGCUGUUUGGAUUCGAGGGCCACAAGGAAAUUGGAGAGAUUGAGACACUCAUCUUCGGUAUCAAUCUUGGGAGGUUGAGAUGGAGUCCAUAUUCUAGCAACCUAUCAACGCACGAAGCUAGAGAUGGUGAGUGUGUGGGACAGGAUCCCAUUCAAACACAAUCCACUGCAGACUUCGCAUAUACUGCCCAAAAUUCUGAGUAUGGAGAGUUGAAACUCUUUACCUUGGUGGACACCAAUACGUUGACCGUUACCCUAUUCAAGGCUGUCCGUCCACCGGUUGCUAUGGUACUCUGUGGUAGCGAGGGAGGUAUGCAGCGAGCGUUGCUUUGCUCCUAUGAUUGGAAAACCCAAACCCUCUAUCGUGAAAGUGUUUUGCGAGUGGAGACUCUCGUCUUGGAGCACAUGUCACGGGUAGAUCGAUUUAGGCUUGGUUUAGAAAGGCCCGAGGUUGAGACGGUGGAAGUUAGCAGUUGA